AUGACGGCCCGCCAGUCCUCGAUGUCGGACUCGUCCUCGUUCUCCGCCGUCUUCCCCGCGCCCGCCAACCUGGCCUCGUCGCUUUCCCGGCCACUCGCGACGCUCGGCGCGACUGCCUACACGCUGAGCAGUGACUCGUUCAACGACGUUUUUAUCGAUCUUUCGGACGGACUCACGAGGCCGCGAGAAACGCUCACAGUGCGCCUGCGGAAAGGCAGAACCCUGAACAUCACCGCUUUCGAUCGGUCGCGGUUCGAAAUCUCGCCGGCGAAUUUCAAACAGGAGGCGUACCAAGUCCGGGCCAAUUUGCCGAUGGUGUGCGUGACGUCCGAGCUCAUUCGACUUGCGGGGUACUUCAUCUUUGCGGCUCCGCUCACAGAUUUCUGGACGAUGCACACGCCUCGAGGCGCCAAAUUUCCGACCUACACCUUCUCCUGGCCCACCGGCGGGCAACACGUCACGCUAAGUGGCGGUAUCUGCGUACAGCUGCAUGACCACAAAAACCCAAACAACAGCAUUUUCAUCAUCAUUCGGCCCUCUGCCGCACGUGCGUUCGCGCAACCGACGUUUGCACUGAUCGCGGGUGCGGCGCUGAUCGGUGUGAUCAGGAGCCUGUGGUGA